CCCAAACUGUGUAAUUCAAUUCAUCCCCAAUUUCAAUUCCACAAAAAAAAAAAACCCUAAUCCCUAAAUUAAUCACGGCGUUUCUCAUCAAUCUUCUUCCCAGUUCCAUCGAUUGGGGGUUAAAAACCCAGGAAGAAGAGUUGUCGACAUCACGGCUUUAUUAAGAGUCAAUCGAUCCCCGACACAUGUCCGUACAAUACGACGGCGUAACGACGGUGUAACUGAGAGCAAUCCUUCGCCGCACGGUGGACGUGGAGCAUUGCCUUCUGAAGGCGGUAGCCCCUCCGAUCUCCUCUUCCUCGCCGGCGGUGGUCGCUUUUUUUCUUUUGUUCUUAGUUCCUAGCUCUGUAAAUAUAUUCGCCUAGUAUUUAUUCGAUCGAGAAAAAAAAAGUUAGUUUUUUUAUUUUUAUAAUAAUUGUAAAGAGAAGAGAUAUCCGAAGAUGAUGCUGAAGAUUAAGAGGGUUCCUACUGUUGUUUCCAACUACCAGAAGGAUGAGGCGGAGGAAGGUGUCCGCCCUGUAACCGGCUGCGGCCGCAAUUGCUUCAGAAGCUGCUGCCUUCCUGGGGCCAAACUGCCUUUGUAUGCUUUUAAGAAGGCGAAGGAUGGUGUUUGUGAAAAGGUCUCUGAGAACACAGAGCCCCCAGUGGAUUUCCUGGAUUCCCUUCUUGUUGCUGGGUGGGAGGAUCGCAUGCAGCGAGGACUUUUCCGCUAUGAUGUCACUGCUUGUGAUACCAAGGUGAUUGCUGGGAACUAUGGAUUCAUUGCACAGCUGAAUGAGGGCAGGCAUCUCAAGAAGAGGCCGACGGAGUUUCGUGUGGACAAAGUCCUGCAGCCAUUUGACGAGACCAAGUUCAACUUCACUAAAGUCGGACAAGAGGAAGUCCUCUUCCAAUUUGAGGCUAGUGACGAUAAUGAAGUCCACUACUUCCCAAACGCCCCCAUUGAUAGUGAUAACUCGCCCAGCGUUGUCGCCAUUAAUGUUAGUCCGAUUGAAUAUGGGCAUGUGUUACUCAUCCCUCGAAUUCUCGAACAAUUGCCCCAGAGGAUUGACGGCGAGAGCUUCUUGCUCGCGCUCCACAUGGCUGUAGAAACAGCGAACCCCUACUUCCGUUUGGGUUACAAUAGCUUGGGAGCAUUUGCAACUAUCAACCACCUUCACUUCCAGGCUUACUACUUAGCCACACCCUUCCCUAUCGAAAGGGCCCCUUCGAAGAGGAUAACCACUACAAGCGGUGGAGUAAAAAUCUCCGACAUCCUUAACUAUCCUGUCAGAGGCCUUGUUUUCGAGGGCGGAAACACGCUCGAGGACUUGUCAAACAUUGUCUCGAACUCGUGCAUUUGCCUCCAAGAGAACAACAUCCCCUACAACGUGCUCAUUGCUGAUUGUGGAAAACGAGUUUUCCUCUUCCCACAGUGCUAUGCGGAGAAACAGGCACUCGGGGAAGUGAGUUCCGAGCUUUUAGACACUCAAGUUAAUCCAGCGGUUUGGGAGAUUAGCGGGCAUAUGGUAUUGAAAAGAAAGGAGGACUACGAAGAGGCGUCCGAGGAAAACGCUUGGAGGCUAUUGGCUGAGGUUUCACUGUCUGAGGAGAGGCUCGAGGAAGUGAAGGAGCUUAUAUUUGAAGCCAUUUGCUGCAAUGUCGAGGAGGGGGUUCUGCCCCCCAUCACUGUGGAGGAAUCGGACGAUGCAGCUGAAUCUCAUGACGACGCGGAUGCGCUUAAAAUGCUUGCAUCCUGCUACGGUGCAUGUGUUGUAGAAUAAUAAAAUAGCUCUCAGGUGGUGUUUCCUCUGUGCAGCUAAAUAAUGCAAAACUGCGUUUUGCGCUGUUUGUUAGAUUAUGUGUCUUAAGCUUUCUGUUUUUUUUUUUUUUUUAAUAUUUUGGUUUGGUUGAUUAACCCAAGUGGCUUGUGCUUUUGUGGGUUAAGUGUAGAACACCAUGUGUUAAUUAUGUUGCUUUACUUGUGAAUUGAAUUGUUUUUAAUUUGAAUGGUUUUAUAUAUA